AUGUCUGCACGUUCCGCGAGAAUCCGUCGUCUGGCGGGAGAGCGCUACGAAGAGCUCAUCGCUACUGGUAAAUCGCUCGAGGCUCUAGAGUUCCAAGUCAGGAUGGAACUAGAUACUUAUCCGAACUUUAGUGAGAACGCUGCACAGAUAUGUAAGAGUGUUGUGAGCCGCAUUCAGGAAGCUCGAACGUCUGAGCGUGCCACGACAUCUACUUCUCCAUCUAGCCCGGAAGUUUUACAAUUGAUGACUCCUGAAGCUUCUGCGACGCCAAAGCCGGCUCCUACCAAGAUCGUCGUGUUGAAAAUCAAGGAUGGUCAUUUCACCCCGACAGUUUUGCCAAGUCCAGAUGCUCGUGAGACGGUAUCGACUACACCUGCCAGAGUGGUAUGGUCAAUCACAAAGAGAAACGUUGAAGUAAAUCUAACACUGUCAAUUAAUAUACCCACUACCAUAUGCCCAAAGACUGCGGAAUACGUUGGUACGAAUCUUACCUCCGAUCAACAGUACUUCAAUUCUUUGGCGCGUACGGUUGGCACGAAGAAAAUUAUCGAGGCACGAGUCAAAUUUGGUUUGGAGGAGGGGUACGAAGAUUUAGAGUUAGCAACCCGUAGAGCACAUUCUUUGGCAGAGUGCCAGGUGAAUCUAUAUUGUGGAUAUUUACGCGAGAAGAGGGGAAAGGAGGUUAAAGAGGCCAACAAAAAGCAAAAGAUAGAUGUUUAA